GGGCUUUGCGUCUGUGUUCCGCCGCCAUGGUGACCCUACGCUAGCGGCGCCGCCGGGGGUGCGGAGAGCGGGUUCGGGAAUAGCUCGCUGCGCGCCGUCGCUGGCGGGGAGGCUGCUCGGCAGGGAUUUGCUCCUCGCAGUGUGCAUUAACCAGUAAUGAAAGGGUGGCGAGUGCUGUUUUACAAUGCAACACCACUGUCCAGCAGUGGGAUUUAGGAAGGAUUACAGACCCUCCUUAGAGCAGUUGCAAAACACCAUCCAAAGAGCUGCAACUGUUCGUACACUUCCCACCAUCACCACAACCAUUGCACUUCUUUUCCCAACCUGCCAGGAGUUUCCAUAAGAGUUUACUCUCUCCAGGUGUCUCCAUGCAAAAUGUCCCUGCACUCCACCCCAAGUGACUAGAUUCUUCUAAGGAUGGGGUUUCCUUAAUUGUAAGGGAUACUUUAGCUUGAGGCCCAAACAAAAACACAGCUCUUUGACCUUAAAAUCUAAAAUGCAGGUAGAAAUUAUGGCUGUUUAAUGGAGGAUUUUUUUUUUAAAUUAUUGUCUCUGCACUGAAGACUUACAAAGAACAGAGUCAGAAACCCAGUUUGAUAGAUGAUAUUUUUUUCUUCUUCCUCAAUUUUUACUUGCAUUUUUGAAAAAUGUACUUGACACCUCCUAAUCAGAGUGCAUUAGAAAAAUUCAAGCUGGGAUUUUCAAUAGAGCCUGAGGUGUUAGGCAAAUCCCAUUAAACUGGUCAUCUAAACUUCCUUAAAAUACUUUUUAAAAAAAUCAAACUAGAUUAAUAUAGAUAUAUGAAACUCUCCUCCACCUCAUGCCUAGCUGCUGGGAAGAAGGCAAAGUGUUCUUAUAGUACUAUUACCAAACCUUGCUCAGAGCUUUCACUUUUUGUUUCAGCCUCUGGUUGUUUGCAUCUGACACUGAACUACACAAGGUUUCACUGGUGUAAUUUAACCCUGUUUUAAAUCACUUUGGCUAAAGUGGUGCAAAUACCUGUGAGGCCAUUCUUAUUUCAGUUUAAGAGCAGUUUAUUUUAUUUUAUCUUCAACCGGUUCUCAACUGACAUAAUAUAAACUAAAAAACCCUCACCCUUAAACCAAAAUAACGAUGUCCACAUAAAGAAAAGGAGGACUUGUGGCACUUUAGAGACUAACAAAUUUAUUUGAGCAUAAGCUUUCAUGAGUCACAUAGGGUUUGCACCUGUUUAACUAAAAUCAUUUUAAUUCACUUCUUAAGUUAAAUCAGUGUCUUUUUUUCUCUCUCUUUUUUGAGUCACCACCUCCUUUAUGAAUAGCUCUAGUGUCUGCUUUUAGGGAUACUAGUAGAUUUUCUAAACAGUGGCAGUAGGUUGAAAUUGACUUGAUUUUUGAAAGUUUCACUGCUGCCCACAAUGUUCUAAACAGAAGCAACAAAACUGACCAGAUUUGUAAAUUUCACUUUGCUGCUACUUUGAGAAAACAGGUUCAGCAAGAGAAACAAUGGAAAUGGCUGUCUGAAAUCUAUGGUCAACAAGUGCUAAUUAUUAAAGUGCUGCAUUUUUGAACAUGCAAUAUACUUUACAAAGGUAGAUCACUGUCAUCCUCAUUUCAUAGAUGAGGUAACUAAAGCACAGAUAGGUGAAAUAAUUUGCCCAGUGACACACUGAUUCAGUGGCAGAGCUCGCAGCAGAAUCCAGGUCUCCCAGUACUUGCCCUAUCCACUGGACCACCCUUGCUUUCAUUAGUUUGCAUUUGUAAGGUUGUCUUCACAACCAUUAAGAGCUAGAAAUUUUAAAAAUGAAUGCUUAAUUUCUGUAGAAAUAGAUGGGUUAAAUCCUGCAGCUCAUCAAAGAAAGUUUCUUAUUCAUCACUGAGUGGGUGAAUGGAUAUUUCAAGCCCAGCUUUAUGUUAAAACUGAAGCAUAGCUAUCAGUUUAAAAAUCUAUACAGACUAGUUGAUUCAUUACUCCUUAGCCCACAAUGUACACACAAACUCCCAACAUAGAUCUGCUAUUACAUAUAGUAUGAUCCAUGCCAGAGAAAGGACAGUUAUAGAUAUCCAUCAGUGUGUUGUUAAAAGGCCUGAUGAAGAGCAACAAUUUUAUGCCAUAAGAAGUGUUGCCUCUGGAAAACUAAAAAUUGAUGCAGUGACAUACAUGACACAUGGCUUCCUAUACCCAUACAUUAAAAUUAAACUUGUUAUAUAAAUAAUCAUUUUUAACAUAAACAGACUUUCUUCCUGCUGCAUCAAGCACUCCCCUGCUGCUGUAAUGUAUUACGAAAGAAAAUGGCACUAAAAUGUCAACAAAAAGUUUCCUAUUUUCAGAUGCUGACACUCUUGUGUUUUAACUCAGCCAUUUGAUCCCUUAUGUAUAUAAAGUGAUUGCAUAUGAAUUGUCUGUUAACAUACAUAUGAAAAAAACUUGUCAAUAUAUUUUUGUAAGUAAAUAUUCUUUGUCCUGGGUUUAUAUCUGGAGGGAUACAGUUAUAGAUAUCCUACAGGGUGUAAAUAAGAUCACUGAUGUUGAACAUAUGAUAGAACACCAUUCCUUGGAAUCUUACAACUAAAAUCUGUUGCCUUAUCUUUAUUUCCCUGAUAAUAUGUAUAAACAGAUUUAUUGUUUUAGGGUUAAGUAAAUUGUCACUGCCAUUUUUUGUAAUGAUUAAAGGCCCUAUUUUGCCAUGCUUACUCAUGCUGAGUAGUAAUUUACUACACAGUUAGGCCCUAAUCUUGUGAACACUUGACUCGUGCUUAACUUUACUACCAGGGGUAGUCCCUGGAUUUUAAAUGGGACUAUUAACAAUAGUAAAGUUAACCACAUGUGGUUAAGUGUUGGCAUUAUCAGGGCCUUAGUGUCAUUGAUUUCUUAAUGAACAAAAUACUACUGAGUGUGAGUGGCAGACACACUCCCUGAAGUAUUUAUAAAUAAAGGAUGGGUUUCAGAGUAGCAGCCGUGUUAGUCUGUAUUCGCAAAAAGAAAAGGAGUACUUGUGGCACCUUAGAGACUAAUAAACUAAUAAAUUUGUUAGUCUCUAAGGUGCCACAACUUCUCCUUUUCUUUUUAUAAAUAAAGGAGUGCAUCAGCUUUGCAGGAUCAAAUUCUGAGUCUGCCCACAAUGCUACUGACUGUGUAAAAAAUUUGAUAGGAUUUAUCUAAAUGUUUAACAAACAUAACUGUUAUUGACUAUUUCAGUGAACAAAGUGAAGUUUGUUUACAUUUAGUCUCAUAUUUCCUAAAUUCAGGUCUGGUCUACAUUGCAGCACAAAUUACGGAAUGAGUUCUUCAUAUGUGAAUCAUAUUUUUCCACUCUUUCCUUUCUACACAUUUGCAACAUGAAUAAUAGCUCAUCUCAAAGAGUAUUAAUGCAGCCACGUGAUCAUCGUACUAAUUUAGAAGGACCAUCUUUAAGUGAAGGCAACUGGCAUCCAAGUCUGCAUGACUCUCAGGAGUCUGAUUCUGAAAGCCUUACUCAAGAGAUACAAUAUCAGUUAGAACUUCAAAAACGGAUUUAUGAAAAUGAAGUACUGGUAGGCCAGUCUUCUGAUGAGCUGGAGAAUGACAGCUUAGAUGAAGAUAGUCUGGAGGAGAAAAGUCUGAAUGAAUCAGAAGGAGCAAAUUAUGACAAAGUACAGUUUUCAAAUGGAAAAGAUUAUGGAAAAGAGAACCGUAACAAUGAAAGCAAGCAGCAACCUUCGGACAGAUACUGUAACCUAAGAUACAAUCCCAACUGGAAGAGCAAUAAAGAGGAACCAAAAUUUUCUGAAGUGAACAGAAGACACCGCGUUGCUGAGAAAAUCCCACAGGGCUCCUCUCAGGAUUCGUCUUACCUCCCUUCCAAGCAUGUCUUGGAGGAAAAUAACCAACUGGUAGAAAGACAGAAUGUAUUUUCUGCAUUUGAUACAGAAUUGUUAAACCUUGAUGAUCAACCUGUUGGGAUAAGCAGUGCACCUUUUAGAUUGCAUACAAAAGGAAACCUAUCAGCAGAUGAUUGUCAAUACAAACACAGUUCCAGUACGUACAGUGAUGUUUUUUCUCCUCAAUCUGUAGAAGUUCAGCAACGGAGAGCAAAAAAAGACUUUGUGGAAAAAAAUAAACUUACUUUGGGAUUAGCUACACAGAAACAGGAUUCUUAUCUUCAUCGGCACAGUCGAAAGCGAGAGGAAGUUCAUCAAGGGCAGGUUUCAGAUGUUAAAACCACUGAUGAGAGGCUUAUUCAGAAUGCCAUUGACUUUCACAGCAAGGAUCCUGAAGACAAAUGGCUCCAGAGGUCACACCAACUAAAGGAUCACCGAAAUAAACAGCCACAGGCAGACAGAACAAAAUUAAAUCGAGCGGUGAGAGAGAGAUCUUUACCAGCAAAUGAUGUCCAGCAUCCACCAGGAAGACUAGCAGAACUAAGACCUCAGCAUCACACACAUCGCAAUGUUUCAGAAUUUGAGAACUUCCAUAUGGAUUCCAACUCUUCUGAAGUGCUAGAACUUGAACAAGAUGACAAUAGUUCACUGCAUAGUUGGUUACAAACAAAUCCCUUCGUUGGUCCAAUUACUCCUUUCAUUAAGACUACUUCAGCAGCAGAUUGGGGAACACACUCAAAUACUAUACAAAAUAAUUCAGAUUUGGUAAACUGGAAUCAGAAGCAAAUCUCCAUGAACUUGGCUUUAUCUAGGCACCAUCUUGAACUAACAAUGCAUAAAAACCCUACUGGGUUGAAUUUAUCUUCAGCAUAUACUAGUGAAGAAAACAAGAAAUAUCAGCACGACCCCGGAAACAGACCGCCAUAUAAUCAGCAACAUUUGCAGAAUAGUUAUGUUUUGGAGCCUCUUCCACCUCAUGGGUAUGCCAAAGGUCACAUGCUCCUAAACCAGAAAAGCAUCGCAUCUACUUACAAUGCUAAUUUUCAAGAAUCAGUAAAAGACCAAGUUUCAACUCCGAAUCAUAGAAAGCAAUUUUAUAUAGACAAGAGCCAUCACAACAACUGUGCAACCAAUAGCUUGUGGCCAUCCCAGUCAUCUGCUCAGAAGCCGCUAGCAAGCCCUUCUCCAACUACACAACUUAUGCAGACAAUGGAACAGCAUCAUGAAGAAAUCUCUCAACUGGAAGACACUCACCUUGCUGAAAGGCAGUUCUCUGGCUUGUUUCCACCUGUAAUCCCAAGGGUAGAAAGUGACUCAGAAAUUAACACAGAAAGAAGUGAAGGAAGCCAAGUGAAAAUUAGUCGCAGCAACUCAGAAGGGUACCUGCUGCAAAUGGAAAAGCAAAAACAGCUGAAAAAAAAAGGGACUAGGAAGCCUUCUAGGCCAAGAAACUACAUGAACCUGGAUGUGAAGCUCGGAGGCCUUGGACCUGACUAUGAAGCAGUCAGAGAGAAAGCUCUGGAAUAUGCUAAGAAGAUUCCUAAACCAAAACCUUUCUCAGCAAAACAAUCAGAUGAAGAACCAAAAGAGGAAAGAACUCUAGCACAAAACUUAAAAGGCCAGAAUUUACCUCAGAUUUCCUCACUGAAAACUCUGCAAAACAGACAUGAAAUAGAGAAGCAAGUUGUGGCUGCUUUCAAAACACUUCACAUUUUAUAAGAAGUUUGAAAUUAUUAGGGAGCUGUAGAGGGUAGACAAUAUCUGAACUGUUUACGUGGUGCAUUAAAUUACUUAGGUUUCCCAGAUACAGUAUUUCAGGACUCCACUACUUAAAUAAGAGCCUGUAUCAUCAAAAACAUUGAUUUCAAAAGGUGAAAUAUUUUCAGAUCAAUUGCCCUUAAUUUAGUCCAAUAUUAUUAUAGCCAAAUUAUUUUUUUUAAAAUGUAAUCUUUAUUUUAGAAUUGUGCUUCUUGUUAUUCUAUUGUUUCCUUUCUUAGAAUAUCCUGAUUAUGUUGCUGCCUCUUUCUGAGCAGUUUAUCCAGAAAGAGCAGUGAGUGAAUUUAGGUGCCUGCAGGGUUCAGCAGGAGUUUUGUGAAUUGUAGUGGAACCUAAACCUGAGACUUUGAUGCCUAAACACAUGUGUGAAUCUAGAUCUGUGUGUCCUAUUCGUCUUUCCCAAACUGCUCAUUCUUUUUAUGCUGUGAAAUAAACCUACAGCUACUUACAAAAACAUUUUUUAUAUUUUACAUAAUGAACUUUUAAAAGUAUUUCCAUCAAAUCUAAAAA